AUGGGCGAUGACGUCGUGAACGUCUUCGCGGACGAGUUCGAGCAUCCACCCGGGGAGACCUUGGACAUCCUCCGGGACGAAUCGAUCGUCAAGACCGUGGUGGAGCCCGCGCCCGCCGGCGGGUUCAAGACGCGCCCGUCCGUCGGCGACCAGGUGUCAUUCACCGUCCGUCGCGUCCACGCCGCGAACGCGCCGACCGCGGGCACGGUGGCGCAGGAUGCCGAGCUCGAGAGGUACCUCCUCGGCUGCGGCGCGCAGUGCAGGGCGGUGGAGGUUGCGCUGGAGACCAUGCGCGAGGGCGAGGUGGCCACGUUCCUGUGCAAGGAGCGCCACCUGCCCGCGCCAAACAUCGAGAGCGUCUACCCCGAGGAGGUCACCAUCCGACUGGCCAAGAUCUUCCGCGACGUCGACCUGACGCCGCGACCGAGCCCGGGUGGCAAACUCAUCAAGCGCAGGACGCGUUGGGGAGACGCGAAGACCCACGGACAGACGCUCUACGAGCCCAUGACCCUGUCCCACUCGCCGCGGCCGGGGUACGGCUCGGACACCGGGCGGGACGUCGCUCGACCCGGCUGUCGCGUCAUAGUGUACACGAAACAUAAACCGACAGCUGUGAACGCAAACACGGGACUGGACGCCGAACCCUGGACGCCGAUGGAGUUUACCCUGCGAAGCACCGCGGUGGACGCGCCCCCGUGCCCCGACGGCGUGCACGAGGCGCUCGAGCUGUCGCUAACGCUGGCCUCGCCCGGGGAGAGGUUCGAGGUGACGUUUCCGGCAUCCGUGUACGGCUUCGCCGACGAUCGCGUCGACGGGACGGUCGAGUCGGACGCGGUCGCGAGUGCGCGGUUCGCCGAAACGUACGACACCGGCGGCGAUCUCGUGACCACGGAGGUUCACGUCAGGGCGGUGCACCCGCCGGCGCCGUUCGCGCCCGAGCACGCGGGGCCCGGGGGAUGGGGCGGCACGAAGGACGUCGGGUUGGACGGCGAGGAUCUCUGGACGAUGCCCAAAUGGGAGCGGGCGCACCGAGCUAAGGCGGCGAAGGAGCGAGGGGUGGCGCUGUUCAAGGCGGGGCGGCACAGGGCCGCUCUGAGGGCGUACGACGUCGCGAUCCGUCUCCUCACCGCGCCCUUCGCGCCCCUGGAUCUCUCAAAGGUGGAGAUGCCCGAGUGGGAUCCGCCGAGCGAGCAAGACCCGCUCGGAAAAGACCCGCACUUGAAACUCGCGGAACGUUACGGCUCCAACGCGUGGCGGGGUUUGGCGGACUCCGGGCUUGGCGAGGGCAACGAGAACCAGGUCUUGCUCAAGGCGACGAUCCUCAACGCCAGCUUGGCCGCGUCCAGGCGCGGUGACCACGCGACGUGCGAGUGGUACUGCAGCAAGGCUCUCGCCGAGGAUCCCAUGUGCGUGAAGGGUUGGUUCCGCAGGGGCCGAGCCAGGGUCGCGAUGCAUCGGUGGGACGAGGCGGAGGACGAUUUGAACCGCGCGGAGAGGCUCCAGGGCGACGACGAGAUCGCGAAGGAGCUGGAUGUGGAGCGUAAGAAGCUGGCGGCGGGGCGGAAGAAGAGCGAGAGCGGCGGCGCCGUCGCGAAAGCGUUCAGAGCGGUCUUUGGCGGCGGCGGCGGCGGCGCCGGAGAGUACCCGAAACCGCGAGAGAUGCGGCGGCUGGUCACCGGCGACCUGGGCAUCGAGGCGGGUCCCGCGCACCCCACCGGGAGGCUGGACACCGACGAACCGGGCGCACAGCUGGACGAGCUUCUCGACGAGACGUCGCCGCACACGCGCAUGGAGCACGCGUUCAACAAGGCGCUGCACUACGAGCAAAUCGGCCUGAACGAAUUCGUCGACUCGGGCAUGCCCAUCGAGCUGUACUCGGAAGCCGAGCUCGCGCCCGUGGGCGAGGGCCAUCCCACCGCCCAGGCCGUGGAGAAGAGGGAGUACGUCGUCCCGUUCGGCGAGGCCGAAGCCGCGGAGCUCGACGCGGAGAUUGCGGAACGCGAGCACGACGAGGAGCUCUACGACAAAAUGCUCAACGCCGCGAAGAGGGGUAACCGCGUGCAGAGGGGCACGGCGACGCACAACCCGUGGGACCGCGACGGGACCAAGGCGGUGGACGAGCUCAACAUGCAGUUCGUCAAGGAGUACAACGAGCAGAAGAUGGAGGAGGCCAAGGAGGAGAUGGAGGCUCACAAGAAGCAGUGGCACGAACGGAAGAAGAGGGCGACGGGGGACGACAUCGCGUUGGACUGA